AUGGGCGUCUACUACGAAACCAUCCCAGACAGCCUCAUCCCAUGGAUCAAGAAGCAGCAAAUGCUCUUCGUCGGCACGGCCCCGCUUGCAGGCGACGGCCACAUCAACAUCUCUCCCAAGGGCGGCGAGAACUUCUUCGGCGUCCUCUCCCCCACCCAGUUCUGGUACAUGGACCUGACCGGCUCCGGCAUCGAGACGCACGCUCACCUGCACGAGCCGGGUAACGGGCGCAUCUGCGUCAUGUUCAUGGCGUUCGAGGGCGCGCCGCAGAUAGUAAGGGUCUGGGGCGCCGGCCGCCCGCUCGAGAACGGGACGCCCGAGUACGAGCGCUUCGUGCAGGAGCAAAAGGUCACCACCAUCCCCGGCAGCCGCAGCGUUAUCGUCGUCGAUGUGCACCAGUGCGCCACGAGCUGUGGGUUCUCAGUCCCGCGCUACGAUUUCGUCGCGCAUCGGCCUAUUCUGAAUGAGCACUUUGAGAAGAAGGAUAAGAAAUUCCAAGCCGGUGAUGAGAAGGAGUCGAUGGAUCGCUACUGGGCGUGGAAGUCUGCGCGCAGCGUCGACGGCAUGCCCGGUAUGAAGAGGGGUGUGCAGUACGCAGAGCAGCAUGGCGUCGAGCCGCUGCGGAAGUGGAAGGGG